AUGCCUGAACCAAUUGCCAUUAUCGGAACCGCCUGUCGCUUUCCAGGCGGGUGCGAUACCCCCAGCAAACUCUGGGAGCUGUUGAAAAGCCCUAGUGACAUUUCCAAAAAGGUUCCUCUAGAUCGCUUCAAUGUUGAUCACUUCUACCACCCCGAGGCAACCCAUCAUGGCACCACGAACGCCACCAAGUCCUACUUUCUUGAGGAGAACAUCGCCCAGUUUGACGCGCAGUUCUUCAAUAUACAACCGAUGGAGAGCGAUGCCGUUGAUCCCCAGCAGCGUCUACUCCUAGAAACUGUGUAUGACUCCCUUUGCACCGCGGGUCUACCCAUGGAGAACCUCCGUGGAUCGUCCACAGCUGUAUAUGUUGGUAUGAUGUGCGAUGACUGGUCCACCAUGGUGGCGAGCGAUGUCGAGACUUUGCCGACCUAUACGGCUACUGGCUUAGCCCGAAGUAUUGUGUCCAACCGGAUCUCGUACGUCUUUGAUUGGCAUGGUCCUUCAAUGACCAUCGAUACCGCCUGCUCGUCGAGUCUUGUUGCCGUGCACCAAGCCGUGCAGACUCUGCGCAGCGGUGAAUCUUCCCUGGCCGUAGCGGCCGGAACCAACCUGAUUCUCAGUCCUACUAUGUAUGUGACCGAGACGAACCUGCGAAUGUUGUCACCGAAUGGACGUUGCGCGAUGUGGGAUCGGGCUGCCGAUGGCUAUGCCCGUGGCGAGGGCGUCGUUGCUGUAGUGAUGAAGACCCUGAGCCAAGCUCUCGCCGAUGGAGACCAUAUCGAAUGUAUCAUUCGUGAGACUGGUGUCAACCAGGAUGGACGUACUACUGGGCUUACCAUGCCGAGUAAUACCGCGCAAACGGCGCUGAUUCGCGACACGUACCGUCGAGCAGGACUGGACAUCAAUGAGCCUCGCGAUCGUCCUCAAUUCUUCCAUGCUCACGGAACUGGGACGCAAGCCGGUGACCCUCAAGAGGCGGAGGCCGUCUCGACAGCAUUGUUUUCCAAUGACUCGAAGACUGACACAGAGCUCUUUGUGGGUUCAAUCAAGACCGUGAUCGGGCACACUGAAGGGUCUGCUGGUCUGGCCUCUUUGAUUGGGUCCUUACUUGCCAUGAAGCAUGGUAUCGUACCACCUAAUCUUCACUUUAGUGAAUUGAGCGACAAAGUCGCGCCAUUUUACAAGCAUCUAAAUAUCCCAACUGAGCCCGUGCCCUGGCCGAAGCUGGCUUCUGGUCAGGUCAAACGGGCCAGUAUCAACAGCUUUGGUUUUGGUGGAACCAAUGCCCACGCCAUCAUCGAAAGUUUCGAGCAGGAUUCUGAAAACACAUCGGAACUUCAUGCGGUUGCAAAUUUCACUCCACUGGUAUUUUCUGCAGCUUCCGAGAAGAGCCUUCGAAAUAUGCUCGCCAUGUACUCAACCUAUCUGUCCGCCAACCCUACGUUAAACCUCCAUGAUUUGGCCAGUACUCUGAGUAUGCGCCGCUCAACACUACCCUACCGAACUUAUCUUCCAGUCCAUAGCAAGGAAGGGCUACCCCAGCAGUUGAAAGCUAUGGUGGAUGCCUCUCCCAAUGAGUCGGACCUCAGCAUUCGCCGCUCCCAGAUCAGUAAUCCUGCGAUUCUUGGUGUGUUCACCGGACAGGGAGCGCAGUGGCCACGAAUGGGAGCGUGCCUCAUCGAGACCUCAAUUUCCGCCCAACAGAAAAUUAACUGGCUCGACUCGAUUCUCCAAGGAUUACCUGCAGAGGACCGCCCCACCUGGUCGAUCAAGGAGCAGCUGCUUGCUAGUGACGAGACUUCACGAAUCACAGAAGCAGCAAUAUCACAGCCUCUGUGCCUUGCUAUUCAGGUUGUGCUAGUUGAUAUCCUCCGCGCUGCGGGAGUUCAAUUCAAAGCUGUCGUGGGCCACUCGUCCGGUGAGAUUGGAGCCGCGUACGCCGCGGGUCUCUUGUCUGCCGAGGAUGCCCUUCGAAUCGCAUACUACCGUGGCCUACACGCAAAGCAUGCAUCAUCGCCGAACGGCGAGAAGGGGGCCAUGCUGGCUGUUGGUGCUUCGCAUGCAGAAGCCCUGGAGAUCUGUGCCGACCCACGCUUCAAGGGCCGUAUCCAGGUCGCGGCAGUGAAUUCUAGCUCCAGUAUCACACUUUCCGGUGAUGAAGGCACCAUUGAUGAGGUUCUUAAUGUACUGAAGACUGCGCAGAAAUUUGCACGGAAGCUGAAGGUUGACACUGCCUAUCACUCGGCGCAUAUGCUACCCUGUGCAGAGCCCUAUCUGGAGUCCAUGAAGUCAUGCGGAAUACAGCCAAAUAACCAGACAGGUCCCGUAUGGUUCUCUAGUGUUACCGAGGGACAGAAAAUGUCCAGGGAAAUUCUCACCGAAAGUUACUGGGUUGAUAACAUGUGCAACACUGUGUUAUUCUCCGGUGCAGUGGCUCAAGCUGUUUCGGAGGCCGGGCCAUUUGACAUGACCAUCGAGGUUGGUCCGCACCCGGCACUCAAGGGUCCAGCGACAGCUACACUUGAAGAGUUUGGAUGUGAAGCCCCCUACACUGGUCUGCUGUCUCGAGCCAAAAACGACGUUGACCAACUAUCCGCAACUUUUGGUUUCAUUUGGAUGCAUCUUGGGUCCGGUAGCAUUCGGUUCGACACGGUCGACAAGCUCCUGUCCGGCUUCGAGGGGAACCGGCAGGUACUCAGUACCUUGCCGUCAUAUCCCUUCGACCAUCAACGCGAAUACUGGACUGGGUCCCGCGUAUCUAAUUACCACAAAUUCCGCCAAAACCCUCCAAACCCACUGCUUGGAACUCAAUGUUCCGAAGCGAACACUACCAAGGAGGUUCAAUGGAGAAAUAUUCUUCGUCCGAGCGAGAUCUCUUGGCUCAGUGGGCACCGGCUGCAGGGUCAAGUGGUUUUCCCAGCCACGGGUUACGUCUCUAUGGCCAUUGAAGCGACGAAGCAGCUCAAUACCCAGGAUGAUAUCACUUGCAUCAAGGUUGCCGAUCUAGAAAUUGGUCGCGCAAUUUCUUUCGAUGAUGAUGGAGCUAGUAUUGAGGUCGUUUUCACUGCAAGCGUGGUGGAGACAACCGACCAAUCCAUGACUGCCCAGUUCGCAUGCUACUCUAUUUCAAAUACUGAUGGAAAUGCAGUGCUGAACGCGAAAGGCAAGGUCAUUGCAGAUUUGGGCAGCCCUAGCCCAGCAACACUUGCAACCUACGAAUCAGAUCCUUUCAACCUGGUCACCGUUAACCAAACCGAGUUCUACCGGUGCCUUACUAAGAUUGGUUAUGAUUACUCAGAGCCCUUCCAUGGAGUGUCGCAGAUUCAGCGCAAGCCCGGAUAUGCCACUGGCCUAAUCAAGGACCAGUCUGGCUUCGCAUGGGAGGAUAAUCUUACCUUCCAUCCGGGCAUGCUCGACACCGCUCUGCAAACUGCUUUCGCUGCAUGGUCUUUCCCCGGUGAUGGCCAGAUCUGGUCCCUUCACGUUCCCACUCGGUUUGACUCGCUGGUAUUCAACCCCUACUUUAGCCCUCUUGGUUUGGGCAAGCAAGGGUCCUUCAAAUACGAAACCUUCAUUCGGACUAAUACCCAAGGGAGCCUGACUGCCGAUAUUCACCUGUACACCGCAGACGGCAAGAACUCAUGCCUCCAGAUUGAAGGUGCAUCCCUCGUUCCAUUCUCUCCAGGCUCUCCUAGAGACGACUUGCCGCUAUUCUCAAGCUUUAAGAUGAGACCUGCUGUUCCUGAUGGACAGCUUGCAGGAAUGGGCGAGACAAUCUCGCCUUACGAGGCACAGGUUUACAAGGACAUUGAUCGUAUCGCGUUCUGGUAUCUCCGAAAUGUGGCCGAGACUAUCACCCCAGAAGAGCGUGAGCAGGUCCUUCCCCAUUUGAGAUACUAUCUGCGGUGGUGUGAACGGAUGAUUGGCAUGGUCUCUCGGGGCGAACACCCCAAGGUGCCGCGUGAAUGUCUCAAUGAUGAGAGAGAAGACAUCACUAAAUUGUUGAGCAAGUAUGAGGGCCGCAAGGAUAUCCGAUUCGUUGAGGUGGUCGGCGACCAUCUAGUUGAAGUUGUCCGAAGCGGUACCAGUAUGCUGGAAUAUAUGAACCAGGACGGCCUGAUGCUCGCGGUUUACGAAAAUGGGCUGGCAGCUGGGCCGAACAACCGCUGGCUGAGUCGCAUCGUCGCCCAAAUUGCGCAUCGCUACCCAGGAAUGCAUAUUUUGGAGAUCGGAGCUGGAACGGGCGCAUCGACAAAGACAAUUUUGCCCGAAGUCGGAUCAGCUUUUGGAACCUAUACUUUCACCGACGUGUCUAGUGGUUUCUUCCCUGAAGCCGAGGAGCGCUUCAGGGAUUAUUCCAGCCGUAUGAUCUUCAAGACAUUCAACACUGAAUUCCCACCAAGCGAGCAGGGAUUUACCGAAGGCCAGUACGAUGUCGUUAUUGCGGCCAAUGUUCUGCACGUUUCGGCCGACAUGGAGCAAUCCAUGGCAAAUGUCCGCCGGCUGCUGAAACCUGGUGGUUAUUUGCUCACCUUAGAGGUGACAAACUGUGAACUUCUCUUCAGUGGAAUGACUGUGGGAACUCUCCCAGGUUGGUGGGUUGCCGCGGAGACUGGACGUCCGUGGGGUCCCUGCUUGACACUGCCUCAGUGGGACUCUGUGCUCCGGAAAACGGGCUUCUCGGGCAUUGAUACUAUGACACCCGAUGUCAGUGUGUCUCUUCCCGUGACGGUCUUCGUUUCCCAGGCGAUUGACGACCGAGUUGCUCUCCUCCGCAACCCUCUUUCAUUGUCGACCGGGGAUAAUUUGGGCACCUUAGUCAUUAUCGGCGGCACGACACUACCAGUCUUCACUCUCGUGGAAGACGUUAUGGCUAAUUUAUCUUCUAUGUUCGCUGAGGUCAUGGUGUUUGAGACUCUUGAAGAGUUGAUGGGCUCUGGCUCCGCGGUACCUCUUGGGGCUAGCAUUCUCUGUCUGACUGAUCUCGACGAGCCACUCAUGAAGACAUUGACGCCACAGAAGUUCACCAGCUUAAAGAAGAUGUUCGAUGUAGCGGGAACUUUGGUCUUAGUUUCCCGCGGCUGCAGGGCAGAUGAACCAUACUCCAUGAUGCUGGUGGGAAUCGGGCGGACAGUCAAGACUGAAAAUCCGAAUAUCAAUCUUCAACUACUCGACAUUGAAUCCAUCGAUGAGUCAACCACCAAGCUUCUGUCUGAAUCGCUGAUUAGACACUAUCUUCUGAGGCAAUGGCGAUCUGGGAAGGAAGCCCUUCUCUGGUCCUCAGAGCCUGAGGUUGUUAUGCACGAUCGACGCGCGCUCAUCCCAAGGCUCUUGCCCAGCACCGAAAAGAAUCAGCGUUACAACUCUCAGAGACGCGCCAUAACUAAAGAGGUCGACCCCAGAGAGGCGACUAUACAGAUGAUCCAGAAUGGAGCAACAUUUGAUGUCCAAGAAGUCUCGCCGCUGCAAAUUGCCGACGCCCCAUCGUCGGAAUCCGUCACAGUUCGCAGCACUCUCUCCUCAUUCCAAUCUCUCAAGAUUGGAAGUGCUGGUUUCCUCCGUCUCAUCUAUGGUGUGACCGCUUCCUACGAAACAGUCGUCGCGCUUUCAUCCUCAUUCCAGUCCCCAGCAGUGCUGCCAUCAAAGUGGUGUGUACCAGUCGCAGGUCAUGCCAUGGGUCCUAGCUCUUCAUCCUUCCUUACCUCCAUCGCUGCCAAUAUCUUGGCGAAGGCGGUUCUGAGCUCUGUGCCAGAUAACGGGGUGCUUCUGGUGAGGGAGGCAGACGAGGGUUCCAGGUUUUAUCUUCUGCAUGGGGCUAAACAAUUGGGCGUCAAGACUGUUUUCGUCACCAGUCAGGACAACAUGGAUACUCCAGACAGCUUCUAUAUCCACCCCAGGCUUUCGCAGCACAAAUUGAAGCAGCUUCUUCCUGCAGAUGUCUCCGUCUACGCUGAUCUUUCCCAGGGUGCUGAAACGGAUGCUUUAUCCGAACUGAUCGAUAAGUGUCUUCCAUCUCAAUGCGUCCACAUCAAGCGAAGCUCGCUUCUUAACAAUGAUAUCACUGAUCCUCAUCCCCGUUUCUGCGACAUGAUCAGUCAGCUUCUUCAGCAGGCCAUUGAGACCUCCACACAUCCUGCAGAGUCUAUCACCAUUCCUCUCAGCAAAGUCUCCGAACAUUCCGUGUCUGAGCCUCUAAGCGUGGUUGACUGGUCGAUCGAAUCUCUUCCCGUCAAAGUUCAGCCGAUUGAUUCCGGCAUCAUCUUCAGACCGGACCGAACAUAUUUCUUCGUCGGUCUGGCUGGCGAGCUGGGUCAGUCCUUGUGUCAAUGGAUGGUUUCUCAUGGAGCCAAGUACUUUGUCAUGAGUAGUCGGUCUCCAAAAGUUAACCUAAAUUUCAUUGAGGCAAUGGCGCAGCAAGGAGCUACAGUCAGAACAUUGCAGCUGGAUAUUACAAGCCGAAGGUCCCUUUGGGCCUGCUACCGAGAGAUCAGCCGCACCAUGCCCGCCGUCGGGGGCGUAAUCAACGGUGCCAUGAUCCUUCAAGACAGCGUUUUCGAAAACAUGGCCCACGAGCAGUUCCUCAAAGUGAUCAAACCAAAGGUCGAAGGCACCAAACUCUUGGAUGAACUAUUUUAUGACACCCCACUGGAUUUCUUCAUCGUCACAUCCUCCAUCACCGCAGCCAUCGGCUUCAGCGGACAGAGCAACUACUCGGCGGCAAACACGUUCAUGACCUCCCUCAUGUACCAGCGCAAGAAGAGAGGUGUCCCUGGCUCCGCUAUGGGUAUCCCGGCUGUUCAUGGUAUUGGCUACGCCGCCCAAGAGUCCAACUUUGACUUUGAGUAUUUCACUACACUCGGCUACAAUAAUGUCUCAGAGCAGGACUUCUGCACACUCUUUGCAGAGGCUAUUCUCUCCGGUCGCCCGGACUCACUUGAUGAGGCUGAGGUUGUGUCGGGUGUCAAUUACGUGUCGCCUGACUUGGAUAUCCCCCAGACCCAUACCAGAGACAUCAAAUUCUCCCAUUACAUCCUGACCACGGAAGAAGGCUCUAGCGUUGGCGGUAGCAGGGCUGCCGCCCAGAUCAGGGUACAGUUGCAGGGAGUGACAAGCGAAGAGGCCAUCUAUGAGAUUGUCGAAGAUGCCUUCCUGGUGAAUCUCAAAAAGGUUCUCCAGAUCUCAGCCGAGGAUGACAUCAAUCUUUCAACACCUCUUGUGGAGCAGGGACUGGACUCACUUGUGGCCGUGAUGGUCCGCUCGUGGUUUUUGAAGGAGAUCGAGGUUGAUAUUCCGGUUCUGAAGAUCCUCGGCGGCAGCUCUAUAUCUGAUCUCCUCCAACUGGCGGUCUCCAAAAUACCUGCGUCUAUCACUUGUGCAGACGAGCCCCAGAGUCGCAAUGAUACCCCCAGCUCGUUGUCUUCACCGCCAUCUGGAAAGCCCAUCUUCAACCGCGCCACUUCCGAGACACCUAGCGACUCCGCAUCUAGCUACUCGCCAUUGCAGACUCCUAGUGAGAGCGAGACAUCAUCCAUCGAGCUGCUGACUCCAGACGUGCCUCUUGAAUGCAAGCAACUAGGGGGCACAGACAAGUUGACCCUAUCGCAACGAGACUUGGUAAUCCAGUCUUCCCGUCUUAUGAGCGAGCCUAUGUCCUUUGGGCAAGCCAGAUUCUGGUUCCUCCAUCAUUUCUUGAAGGAAAAGAACCCAUUUAACUUCUCGGCUUCUGCGCGCUUGACUGGUUCGCUCCGACUAGCGGAAUUUGAGCGAGCUCUGGACACAGUGGUUCAGCGACAUGAGGGUCUGCGUACUAGAUACCACUGGUCGGACGGGGACACUGGCACCCCAAUGCAGGAGAUUAUCUCUCGCCCUCUGCUUAAAUUGGAGACCAAGCGCAUAUACUCCGAUGCCGAGGCAGCCGACGAACUAGAGAUGUUGCAGAACCAUGAAUAUGAUUUGGAGGACUGGGGUGCUGUCAGAGUGAUGCUACUCACCCUCUCCGACAACGUCCACUACUUCCUUAUCGGCUGUCAUCAUAUUGCUCUGGAUGGACAAAGUAUGCAUAUGCUUUUCUCCGAGCUCGACAGUCUGUAUAAUGGUAAAGCUCUUCCUCAACUCGUGGAUGCCUCGCAAUACCGAGAGUUUGCUGCGAAACAGAAAGAAGAUUAUGAAUCCGGCCUAUUGCAGGCUGACAUCGAUUUCUUCCGUGAUAUCAUCCGUGAGAGUCCGAGUGCGAUUGAGCCGUUCUCGUUCUCUCACCACUCAAAGCGGAAGAUUCUGGAUACCUACCGGCAACAUCGCGCCUCAGUCCGCCUAGAAGCUGGGUUAGCUAGUAAGGUCAAGCAAAUUUCCCGCAAGCUUCACAGCACAAACUUCCAUUUCUACCUGACUAUUCUCCAAGCGCUCGUCUUCCGCCUGCUUCCCGAGACGGAUGAGUUCUUUGUCGGAAUUGCGGACUCGAACCGAGUGGAUAAAGAUUCGAUCAACACGAUUGGGUGCCUCGUGAAUCUGCUACCGCUCAAGUUCAACCGGACGGACUCAUCCAAGCUCAACGAAAGCGUCAGACUCACCCGGAACAAGGUGUAUUCUGCUCUUGAGCACUCUCGAGUGCCGUUCGACGUUCUUGUGAAUGAACUCGGGAUCGACCGUUCUGCCAUGCACACCCCAAUCUUCCAAAUAUUCAUGGACUACCGGCUGGGCGACCACGAGAAGUCGCGUCUCGUCGGUUGCGAAGCCGAGCUUUCGUGGAACAAUGCUGCCACAGGGUAUGAUUUGCAACUGGAGGUGCUUGAUACCGUCGCUGGAGAGUCGCUUGUCGCUUUGAAAGUGCAAGAGGCUCUCUAUCCCAAGGAAGUAGCUGAGUUGUUGCUUGGUGCUUUUGUCAAUCUCCUUAAACUAGCCACACAAGCGCCUAUCGAUCAGGUCGAUCUGGUGUCGCCUCCGCUGUGGUCGCGAAAGGAUAUUGAUCAUGCGUUAACUUUGGGAAAGGGCCCAGAACUAAGCCCUGAAUGGCCAGCGACGGUCGCACACCGCGUCGAUGCGAUGGUGCAGGCACACCCCGACUUCAUAGCCAUCAAGGAUGGACAUGGGCAGGCGCUCACCUAUAGCACGAUGGCAGACCGGGUUAACACCAUCGCUGCCACCCUCCUUGACCACGUCUCUGAUGGCGACAGUGUUGCCGUGUUCCAAGAGCCAGGGGCCGAUUGGAUCUGUUCGCUACUCGCCAUCUUCCGUGUUGGGGCAGCGUAUGUUCCCCUCGAUCUGAAGAAUGGCCUGCAACGACUGGCGGGCGCUGUUGAUGUUGCCCACCCGCGGGUUAUCCUCCAUGAUAAUUCGACAGAGGCUCAGGUGCCCGAUCUUCGGGCGGCAGAGGCAGCUAUCGUCAACGUUUCCGAUAUUCAUAUGAACUCCGAUGCCAGAGUACCCAACAGGGCCCGGGCAGAGUCCACUGCGGCUAUUUUGUUCACCAGUGGAUCGACGGGUGUUCCCAAGGGUAUUGUACUACCCCAUUCUUGCUUCGCGACUCAUGCCGAAGCAGUCGAAAAAGCCUGGAACGUGGGCCCAGUCGUGGUCCUCCAACAAAUCGCCCUCAGCUUUGACUUUUCCUUGCAUCAGAUCUUCACGGCUCUUGCCAACGGGGGAACCCUCUGUGUGGUUUCAUCCGAGAGUCGCGGCGACCCAUAUGAAAUCACCAAGAUCAUGAAACAAGAGAGGGUCACCCAUACUCUGGCCACCCCGACCGAAUACGGUAUGUGGUUCGACGCCGGGUCGGAUAUUCUCUCUCAGUGCUCUUCCUGGAAAUGGGCUCUUGUCGGUGGCGAAGCCUUGCCAAAGUCAAUUGUUCGACGCUUCCGGGAUUUGAACUCGAGUAGCCUCAAGCUCUUCGAUUUCUAUGGACCUGUGGAGGCCACUAUUGCACUCACCAAAGGCGAAGUCGAUUUCGCACUCGCUGAUACCGAACAGGCGAUUCCUGUUGGAAGCCUGCUUCCCAACUACUCUGUCUACAUUUUAGAUGAAGCUCUGCAACCUCUCCCGAUCGGUGUGCCCGGAGAGAUUGUCGUCGGCGGACCAGGCGUCGCGGCGGGAUACCUCGGACAAGAAGAGCUUACAAACGAGAAGUUCAUCCCUGUCCCCAGCAACUUGCAGGACGAACGCUCCAAGGAGCAAGGAUGGAACAGACUAUACCGGACCGGUGACCGUGGACGUCUUAGCAACGACGGCACUCUCAUUUAUGAGGGUCGGAUCAACGGUGACGAUCAAAUCAAGCUUCGUGGCAUUCGUAUCGAGCUUGGAGAGGUCGAGAAUGCUAUUUUGGAAACUGCAGACGGCAAGAUCUCUCAGGCAGUUGUUGCCGUCCACGGCGAAGAGGCAGACAAAUUCUUAGUAGCUUAUGUUGUUCUUUCAUCGCAGGGUGAGGAGUCCGGGGACAAGCUUCUCACACCCAUCAAAGCAGCACUCCCCCUUCCCAACUACAUGCGACCCUCGCUAUUCAUUCCCAUUGACAGUGUUCCGAUGAACGUGCAUGGAAAGACCGAUCGCAAGGCCCUUUACAAUAUCCCGCUGCCGGACAUUGCAACUUCUGGCCCCUCUGAGCCAGGUCGGUUGAAUGACCAAGAAGAGAAACUUUGCAAAUUGUGGAAAGAGAUCUUGCCAGCAUCCGGUGCUACCAUCACCGCAGGGACAGACUUCUUCCAUACUGGAGGAAACUCGCUCCUGCUUGUCAAACUCCAACGCCGCCUUAAGGAAACGUUUGCGUUUUCGCCACGACUCGCUGAUCUCAUGAACUCCAGUACAUUGAGUGAUAUGGCUCGCCUCCUGGAAGACAUGAGUGCCAAUGUGAUCGACUGGGAGGCUGAAACGUCUGUUCCAGCCUCGUGGGCUGAUUUCGCACAGAUUGCCACGGCCCCUGCUCAAAAUGACGAAAUGACAGUAGUCCUGACGGGCGCAACCGGGUAUAUCGGCCGCCAUCUCCUCCCAUCUCUUCUCGAAAGCCCCCGGGUGUCCAGAAUCAUCUGCCUCGUCCGUGACAAGACCAAGCUACUCAUAGAAUCCGAGAAAGUCAGCGCCAUCUCCUGCAACUUUGACAAGACCAAUCUUGGUCUAACUUCCGAUGAGCUCAGCUAUCUGUCCGACAAUGCCGACAUUGUGGUGCACUGUGCCGCCAAUCGUUCCUUCUGGGAUGACUACCAGGCAUUGAGAGCCGUCAACUUCCAGUCCGUCCAUGACAUCGCCCGUCUAUGUCUUCCGCGCUGCGUACCACUUCACUUCUUUUCGUCUGGCGCUGUCGCCGACCACGUGGAUAAGCUGGCUUCCAGGGAUGUCCACGAUGGUUAUUUGUCCAGCAAAUGGGCGGCGGAAAAGUUCCUUCACAAUUUGUCCCAGCAGUUCAAUCUACCGGUACACAUCCACAGGCCAAGCGCAGCAUUGGCGGACACGCUGUUCACAGUUGACCCCAUCGUCCAACAAGACUUUAUCGAAUGUGCCCAACGCGUUGGUGCACGGCCCGAUCUUGAAGGUGCAUCCGGUCAUAUGGACCUCAGUCAGACAACCGGGUUCAUCGCGACAGCAUCCGAAGCUAUUCUGAACGGACAUCAAGAUGUCGAUACCAAUGCACCUAUCUUCAGGACAACGGUAUACACCCCCAACGAACGGUUCGAUAUCAAAGGCUCCACUGCAGCCAUCAGCGCUGAUCUCGCAUGGGCGUCGCUGCCGACGAUGGAUAUGCUGCAGUGGAUGGGAAAAGCGAAGCAGAACGGGUUCCCAUAUGUUCUGACGGCCCAGCAUAUUGUGAUGGGUUCAAAGACGGGACAGGUGGUUUCUCGGCGAUAG